ACUAGCGCGGCGCGGCGUGGACGGUAAGGGGCGCGGGGCGCGGGUCCGUCCGCCGCCCCGCCCCUCCUCGGGCUCCCGGGAGCCGCCCUGGGGAGGCUGAGGACGGCCAGCCCGGGGCGCGAUCACGGUCCCCUGCCCGGGUCGUGAUGUCCCCGCCUGGGCCGUGCGUCCGCCCCUCCCCCCGCGAGCUAAGUCGCUCCUGGGCCGUGUCACCCCCUCUGUAAACCUGCGGGGGCAGUGCACCCCUACCUCCCCGCACCCGGCUCGUGCGCCCUCCGCCCCCCGACCUGGCUGUGCGCCCCGCUCCUCCCUGCGGUGCACCUCUCGGAAGUCUGGGUGCGCGUCUCCAGCUCCCCGAGCCUGCCGCUAGCCCCGCGAUGCGCCCGCGACGGGUGUCGGCCUCCGGGACUGUGGGUGCGGAGCCCCUCCCUCACUGCCCCCCAAGCCCUGCCCCUAGGCUCCAGGUCAGGCACUGGUGCGUCCGGGCCAAGCUUCUGCCAGUUCUUUACCCUGGUCCUCCCUUGCCAGGCCGGGGUUGUGGAAGAUUGCGCAGGAUAGUGGCAGCAAUGUGGAGGUGACUGGCAACGUGAGCGUUCAAGAGCCGGUGAGAACGCAGGGGCUUGGGCCAGGUGGACGUCAGCUGGCGGCAGGAAGGCCCGGGUGCUGGGGAUGGAAGCGGAAGGCUUGGAUUGGCUUCUGGUCCCGCUGCACCAGCUGGUUUCCUGGGUGGCCGCCGGGGCCAUGGUCUUCGGAGGGGUGGUGCCGUACAUCCCGCAGUACAGGGAUAUCCGGAGGACUCAGAACGCUGACGGCUUCUCCACCCACGUGUGUCUGGUACUACUGGUGGCCAAUAUUUUACGGAUACUCUUUUGGUUUGGAAGGCACUUCGAGUCACCACUCCUGUGGCAGAGUAUAGUCAUGAUCCUGACCAUGUUGCUGAUGUUGAAACUCUGCACUGAAGUCCGAGUGGCUAACGAGCUGAACAUAAAACGCCGUGCCUUUGCAGCUGCAGACGGUAAGGACGAAGAACUCAAAGUCCCCCCAAGGCGACCCUAUCUGGACUUUGAUCCUCGCCACUUUUGGCACUGGAGCAGUUUCACGGACUACGUAACUGAGGCCAUGUUGGGUGUGCCACAGCUGUACCGAAACCACCGACACCGCUCCACAGAGGGCAUGAGCCUCAAGAUGGUACUCAUGUGGACGAGUGGUGACACUUUCAAGACGGCCUACUUCCUGCUCAAUGGCGCACCCCUGCAGUUCUCAGUGUGUGGCCUGCUGCAGGUGUUAGUGGACCUGGCCAUCCUGGGGCAAGCCUAUGCCUUUGCCCGCCACCCCCAGAAGCCAGUGCCUCAUGCAGUGCACCCUGCCAGUGCCAAGGCCCUUUGAGCUGUCCAGGGAGGACAAGGACAUGUGACUGCUGACUUGGGUACUGACCAGACCACCUGUGCUCCUGUGUCUGGGAGGCCGGCCCUGUGGGCCCUGCACGCUGGCAAGUGGGUGUGGGCAGAGAUGGAAUCCGUGUGCCAGGUUUUCCAUCAGCCUCUGAGAGGGUGCUCAGAGUGGGUGGGGCUGGGACUGGUGUUGCUCUGUGCUCAGCUGCCAUGAGGGUGGUGAGUGGAUCUUGUACCCAGUGCUUCUGGCUAUUUUCAAGGUAAUGGAAAAGGCAGGUGUCUUCUUCUGCAUCCUCUCAGAAAACACUGGCCUGACCCCAAAACAGGUCCAUAGUCCCUCUGGUGGCCUGCAGCUCUCUGGACGGUGUGGUCUUGGCUGCUGGCGGCCAGUCCGUCCUCACCCUCUGUCUGGCCCCUGCGUGCCAUAGCUGUGCAUCUGCUGCUUCUGGCAGCGGUGGGAGCCACUGGCCUGACACCUAUUCCACGUUCUGCCCCUCUCUCAGUUCUCCAUGAGGCCAUUCUAUGCUCAGAAGCCCUGUGCUGACAGGGGGCUCCUUUGACCAGAAUAUUCUAGGUGCUUCCGUGCGACUCCCACAGCAGUAUCUUCCCUUCUGCUGGGUGGGAGGGCUACCACUAUUCUCGUCAGCACGGAGGCUCUGGCAGCCACUGUGGCCGGUGGAAGUCAGUUCCACCUCCCCAGUGUCCCUCAGAGACUCUUGAAUGUUAGGUGAGACUCUUGCUUAGCUCUUUAACCUGCAAGAUGCUUUAAAGAUGUUUAUUUUUUAAAAAUGGAGACGUCUGUAGUGGUAAUUGCCUCCAGAUUAAAAUGUCAUCGAUCGCAGGCUUGAUGACUGCUGAAUAAAUGUAUCCUGUGUGGCGCCUUUGGGGGUAAUAAACAUCUUAUGAAUCCAGCGCGGUGGCACCGGUGCGGGGAAAUGAGUGGAGUCAGCAGGUGGGCUG